AGCCACCUGCAGGGCUCGCUUAACACUUUACCGUGUUCCCGAAACCGAGCGGAAGUAAUAACCCCUGGAAUAUUACUUGCCCUGAAACAUCGCUGAAAACACCAUCGACAGCAAUCCAGAAGGUCAGUCAUCUAGUAUAUAUCUUGAAAAUUUCAAAAGAAUUUCCAAAAUGUUUUUUGACACGCAAAUUGUUUUCAUGCGGAAAAGGAGAAAUAAAACGAUCGGGCUUCAAAUGAAUGAAUUAAAGGAACCUUUUCAGUUUAUCAAACAUGCAGACAAAAAAGAAGUCACAGAAUGCGCAAAUUAUAAGGAAAGUCAAGUAAUAGUUGCUCCUAUUCAGGAUAUCAGCCAUUACUGAACUUUCCAUAAAAAUGUUACCAAAGUGACUUGUCCAACAAACUUUCUUAAGGGCAACUACAACUCCUUUAUGCUUUGCCCUUAUCUCUGCUAAACACAGAUGACGCUGCUUCCAAAAAUUUUGGCCGAGUAAACCAAGCCGAAAUUGUCCCUUUGAGGUCUUUUUGCGAAGAAACGAAACGAGGACCCCCCCUUUUUUACUGGUGUUUUAAACUCGUUGUGGCUAAAAGAAAAAUAUAUUUUCAGUAGAAACAAACCGGGCAAUAGAUAUUUUAUUAUUUUGAUCUGAAUGAUGUGAGACUCCGCAUUUGGAGCCACAUCACUUUACUGGAAAAUGUUUGAUAGCUCAGACUUUUCUAAGAAGACUUAAUAUGAAUUUUUGUUGGUUGUUCAAAUCUCGAACAUUUUGCGCGCAACGAGAAGAAAAAUCGCCAGCGCUUAGAACUACUGGCACGCAUGGAGAAAACAAGCACAGGGGAACUCAUCUUUUUUUUUUUUUGGAGUUUUUAUUUAGUCAAUAUCCUACAAUAAUAUGGCACCACAAAAAUUGCACUAUGAGAUAAAUAGCUAUUAGGGCAAGCCUUAUUAAAAGCGUUUGAGCCACUGGCGAACCACAAACCGUCACUGGGUCAGACAGUCAGGCUAUUAGCUUUAAACGUGGAUGCAACGUUCUGCAAUUGCAGAAUGUUGCAUCCGUGGAGAAGAAGUCGAAUUUCAGUAAGAUACACGUUUUAAAAUGCCUUUUUUUAGUGAAAUUCAUUUCCCUCAUUACCUACAUUCACCUAUCUCAGCUCAAAAGGGUAUUCUCGGAAUCAGGGGUUUAACCAAAAUACAUGCUGUGAGAGAUUCCAGCAAAACAUUAAAUAUUUUAUAAGCCAUUAGUGACUAAUUUGCACUGUAAAGUAGCAAUUAUACGUGUUUCACCUGUCAAACAGCUAACAGGUCCUCUCCUUUUCAGGCACCUGCAGGGUUCACUUAAAAUUUUAAGUUGUUCCUAAAAGCGUGGGUAAAAUAUGCCCGUGAAAUAUUAAGCUGAAACAUCGCGGACAACGCCAUCGAUAGCAAUCCAGAAGGUCAGUAAUCUAGUAAUCUUGAAAACUGCAACAGAACUUCCACAUUGGUUUUUGACAUGCAAAUUAUUCACACGCGCAAAAGGAGAAGUAGAAUGGUCGGGCAUAUUAUGAUGAAUCAAGGAUCCUAUUCAGUUUAUCAAACAAACAAAAAGAAGUCACAGAAUGCGCAAAUAAAAAGAGAGAGUCAAGUAAAAGUUGCUUCUAUUCAAGAUAUCAGCCAUCAAUGAACUUUUCAUACCAAUGUUACCAAAGUGACUUGCCCAACUAACGUUCUUAAGGGCAAUUCCAGCUACUUUAUGCCUUGCUUUGAUUUCUGCUAAACACAGUCCCAUGAUGCUGCUUACAAAAUUUUUCUAAGUAAGCCAAACCUUCCCUAAAACGAAGCUUUCCGCUAAUCAACUGGUUUGCUUUGUGUUCCGUAGCCAUAACAAUCUCGGUUUCUUUUCCUUAACAAUAUCAUUGUUUUGUGACUAUAAAAGGUUAUUAUCAUGACAAUAUGUGGAACUGACAGGUACGAAGGAGCAAAAGGGUAGAGUAAGAAGUGAGAUAAAUAAUCAGAAUGGAACGAAACUAAUAAUCAAAAGGGCAAGUAUCGAGAUAAAUAGGACGCACUGUGGUCGUUUUCAUUUGGGUAGGGGAAGGUCUUUUUUGGAUCGUGGAAAUUGAAGGGACAACUUUAAUAGAAAGAAGGCAGGGAAGGAAGACGACACUGAAAACACCCAUUUCAUCCUUCAGCGCAGUGACUGCAUGCCAUUAAUUAACGCUUUGGGCGUUUACAUGAAAAAUAUACUAUGCAAGCUAAUUAUAAAGUUUACCCAGUUAAAAAAAUACGGCAAACAACGAAUAGCCCCCGUGAGAUAGAAUAACUUACGCGAGGAGGGAGAAGGAGAGGGCUGAAAAAAUCGUCAUUUCAAAUUCGCUAAAAGAGUAAAAUCACCACCCAAAGGAAUAAAUUAUAGAAAGAUCUAGAAUAUCGGGUUUCAAAAGCACCUGAAAAUAAUCUGGUAUAGGCUAAUUCACGGAAAACUCGAGUCUCAAAAUUUUGCAGGUUCUUCGUUUGCGCCCCACAUAUAAUGACAUCCUCGAUACACAGACCAAAGUGAUCUUCUUGUUUUAACCAGGUAUUCUCGUUUUGCAAAGAUGCAUGAAAAGGCCGCUGUUACGGGCCUUCUUUUCAACAUCUUCUUUCUUGGUCUGAUCCGCAAAGCAGCAACUACAGAUCAGUGUAACGGACCUCGCCAGAUACCCAUCCGAGGCAAGAUGCUGAAGGGACACAUCUAUGAAACCCGAUGGGUACGAUCCGGGUAUGCGGAGUGCUUGUUUGUAUGCAGAGAGGAAAAAGUCUGCCAAAGCUUCAACUUUGUGGUUAAAGAAAGCAAGUGUGAGUUCAAUAAUCGCACAAAGGAAGCCUGCAGUCCUGAGGAUUUUGUUUCCGACCCUCAUCGUCUUUAUGUCAAACUUGACGUCAGUAGAGGUAAAGAACUUUGAAACUGUUUUAAACGGUUUAUAACGGCUUGUUAGGCAUUUAUCACCUCGAAACAACUUUGUUUCACUUUCAGAUAGAUUUUUUAGUUUUUAGUUUUGCUUUAAAGGGGCUAUAUCACAAAGAAAAUUGCUGUUUUAAGUCAAUUCUGUGCUGAAGUCAUUACUUACUGCCUUUAACCUUAAACAAAAUGCUUCUGUAGAGUAACGAGGAAGAUAUCAAACAAAUUUCAUCAACAUUAUUUUUUUCAUGAUUUUUGCAGGCACAGCAUUACAUAAAUUCGAAAAAAUUGGCACAUUUUUUUUUUCAGUUCAGUUCAAUCCAUGUUCAUCCUUGCCAUCAGCAGCAACGAAGACCAGGAAACAGUUUCAAUGCAUAUAAAAUACACUCUUAAAUACCAAAACUGGGCUAUUAUUUUUGGAAUUUAAUUGAUCCAAGUAUACGUUGUAGCAUUUUAUAACGAUGACAAAAAGCUUGACGUAGCUCUUUUUAGUUCUGUUUUGACUAUGCCAACAGUAAAUCCAUAGAAAGGUAAUAAUUUGUACAUGUCACACAAGGCCACACCUAACGAAUUGUCGAGAGCCCGAUUACUUGCAGACAAAUUAGAAACCAAAAUUAAAUAGUUUUAAAGUCCGUUUAUUGCGUAUAGGAUUAGCCUGUGUCCAGCGUGUCAGUCUCGCGCGCCUUACGUUACCAUCCCCUUUCCACUCCAAACGCCUGCUUUUCAGGCUAUAUGAGAUUAAAUUUCUUUUUGCCAUGCCGAAAAGGAGAUAUUUCCUUCAACCUGGGUGGUGUCGUCAGUUUUGAAAAACGACCUACGCUUGUUCGUGUCAAAAGUUUUCUAAAGUUCUAAGGUUAAAUUAACCUAUAAAUACGCAGCAACAAACAUUCAACGUUUCACUGUGGCUUAGCUCCUCUCUGGAAGUGACAUUGCUGAUUCCAUGCAAAAUCAAGGACGAGCAGGAGUCUUGUAGUGCGAUGGUCGAGUGUAGGGAAUUUGAAACGAAUUUUUUGGGAGAAAAACCUGUCAAACUGAAACACCUUAACAAAAAAUGCCCGCAGACAAUAGAUAUGAUAAAAAAGAACUGAACCAAAGAAUAUAAUUUAUUUGAAUGUGUAUAAUCAUGAUAACAACAUGAACAUUGAUCUGUUAAUUUUUUCAAUGUUUAAACGGCUUGUUUUUUUAAAUUCUAGUUCCCCUUGGUUCUAUUCCUGAGCUGCCAGCGACAUCAUGCCAGGAAAUAAACAAAAACGAAGGCAAAAAAUUGGACAGCGGCAAGUACUGGAUGUCUUUAAGUGGAAAGAUUGAUCAUGUUUACUGCAAUAUGAGUACCGUUCCGGAAGGUAAGUUUAAUCCUUGCACCAGUAUUAUUAUCAUCUAUAACGAAUAUCACACCUGUAAUACCAGUUGAGGUACAAAAUUUCUGGGACCGCAGCCUUACAAGAGGUCUAGCGUCACCAAUACAACUGCCACAGGACGUUCGCAAAGACCUCCCUAAAAAUGUGAACCGUUCCAAUCAGAGUUGCUUUGUCAAUCCUUUUUGUUGUUGCUGCUGUUAUCAUCAUGAUCAUUCUUCUUGUCUUCUUCCUGUUCUUCUUUCGAUUUAUUUAUCAAUCCUCUCUACAGUUGCUCCUUUCUGAUUCAGCAUUAUUAAUUAUCAACAUAGAAAGAAAGCUUCCAAACUUAUUCCUUUCUCCACCUCAACCAGAAGACGUAAGACAAAUGCUGGGGUUGGUAUCAAGAUCUUGAUUUUAUCGUCAUUUAUCACUUGGUGUGAAAGGAUCCAGAUUUCAAUCCAGGUUCACUUGACGAGACCGUAAGCAAACGGGGUCUUCACGCACAAUCUUCUCUCCGGCGUCAUCAGUUGCUCUUUGUAAGGCGCGAGUGGACUGCGCCUAACAGGAGAACGUUCGGUCCUUGUUAAAUCCUUAAGAGCGGCUUUCUGAGAAGAUCAACUAUACCUAUGCAGGAUAGAAAAAUUCGAUUUUCCCAAACUUUGCCAGGAUGAAGGCCUUGAUUAACUUGUUUCAAAACUGUAACUUUCAAGUUGCUAAAUUAUUUUAUUUUUUUCUCUAGACAGCUUUUCGCGUUUACCGCCUGGAGGGCCCCAAAAUCGACCUAAAAAUCCCAUCUAAUUUGAAAGCUACCACGACAAAUGUAAAUCCGUAAUGGCUAAACGUCAUGUCAAGUAUUAAAUUAUCACCUUUUAACAAUCAUACACUGAUGUCAGAUUUAAACAAAGUUGAAACCUGAAUUUUAUUAUUAUUAUUUUUAAAUAUACGCUCUGUGCUGAUGUUGCGUUUCACCAAAAUUUAAGUCAAAUUCUGUGGCCUAAAAGUCCACCUGGUACAUGGAUUUUCCUAUCGAAACCACUAUUCAUGAUAAAAGUAUUACGUCAGCUUAGUUUUUUUCGACAAACUAGAUUGGGUAAAUAAAACAAAUAUUUUUUAGAGCCCCUAGAAAUCAGGCCGCUGGAGCGGAUUUACAUGACCUUUCGACCUAUCACGUGACGAGUAUUUUUAAAGUAUUUGUCUACAAAAUGUUUUAUUGCGGGUCAAAUAUCCUGAAAAACAAACGUUGACUGUCAAGUGCAUCCGAGGAAUACUGUCAAGUCCAUAUUAAUUUACUUUAAAUUCGGAACAUCUAAUCCUCAAAAAACAUCUCUUAGCGAACAUUUGCUUCGAAGGAUAGAAUGUAGGAAUUAGGCGGCUCAACACGAUGCUCGGAAAAAAUACAUUCAAUCAAGCAUUGAAAAGAAAUGUCACAAUCUUAAAGUGGACCUUGCCGUUAGUAAAGUGUUUAGAAGUCCAUCUCACCUCAACAAUGUCUAUCUUAGGAAGAAACGAUCAUUUUCUGCAUCUCAUGUGUCGAUCAUGUCGUACCAUGUCGUGACCGGGUUACAACUGACCUUAACAGGUAUCCCAAGCUCGUGGAAAGUUAUUUUUUGCUUGGAUUUUCAUAUUAUCCCCCUAUUUCCGAUACUGCUUUUUUUCCGUGAUUGAAUUUUUGCAUAUUUUUACUUUUAUCACCUUCUCUUAAAGGUCGUUGCUUUUUAUAAGUACGGGUGAAUGUUUUAACUGGUUACUGACAUGUUAUGGUUCUGAAAUGCAAGCGAGUUAACUUAUUAAAAAGCGCCAAGAGAGAAACUAGAAGCAUUGCACCAUUUUGCCAGUUUCUUUUCUUUUCUUUUCUUUUUUUUUUUUUCCUCAUCGUUUUACGGUUUAAAUACAAACAGCUUAAGACUCUCAGGAAAAUCUCCUCUUCCAUGACCCCAGAGGAGGCUAAUAUCAAUUUUGCCCAUUCCCCCUCCCUCUUCUAGGCAUCUGUCAAGCAUUUAUGAUUUUUUCUUCCGAAACCUGCAACUUGCCUUAUCAUUGUGGCCAGCAAAUUCGUCAAAAACCCAUCCGUGUCUUCGAAAAUGCGUGCAGUUACCCCACCCUUGGGGGAAAAGAGAAAGGUUUAUUCCUUUGAAUUUGAAAAAGUAAAAAAUUGGAAAAAUUUGGAAAAAAAAUACUAAGCAACUGGAAAGUUACAGUUUUGGAACAAGUCAAUCAAGGCCUUCAUCCUGGCAAAGUUUGGGAAAAUCGUAUUUUUCUAUACUUCAUAGGUAUAGUUGAUAUCAGAAAGCCAAUCUUAAGAUUUCACUGAGAUCAACACAGGAAGCGCAGGAAAUCUCGCUGCAGGGUCCUCAGGCAUCCGGACUUGAUAGAACCAAGAGAGAAUGAUCUCAUUCUCUCUUGAUAGAACAUAUCAAUGUCGCUUACGUAUGUGACUGGUUCUUGGUGAAACUGCUAAGAACACCCACAAGUCGAUUCGUCAGGUCUGGCCCUUGUAGCAACUUAAUUGUCCUACCUUGUCGUUCAACGACGUACCUCCGAAAAAGAAAAGAAAAGAAAAUCCCUUGGCAAUGAUGCUGUUCAAAAAGUUAAGUCACACAUAGUGUCCUUGAAUUUUCUAACUCUUAACAAGCUUCUUUCUUAACCAGUGUUCUCUUUGAAUGACUCACUCUUUAUUCUCAGGAGAACCAUGGAUGGUCACUCCGGAAAGGAAGGGGGGUUUCAUAAUGACUAUCGUUGGUGUCACGAAUUUCCUGGCCAACCUUUAUCUUCAGAAAUUUAUUGUCUUCUAGUGAAUAUUCGUGCUCUUUGUCGCUUCUUCGUUUACUGAAGUCUAGUUCGAGCAUCUCGCUCAGUACUUGUGGAGUAACCGUACCAUUUCUCUAACUUUUCUCAUUUCUCUUUUUUUAUCAUAAAGUGGUGGUCGAGAUGUCUACCUAUGAACCAACUCCUUUGCAGCAACUCUGUGGCAAUUGACAUCUGUAUUGCUCUAAGCCGCACAUAUACAGAGGUGCAAUAAUUACUUAUAAGUGAUUUGGUUAAUUACGCGGCGAUCAUAUUUAUGACUUUUAAAGCUUAUCUGAAGAUCCGGUGCAUGAAUAGGCAACUCUUAUGCUCAAUUCGAAGGGAAAGCACAUUAUUAUUACGCCCGAAUCAUAGCUCACACAGAUUCGUCCGGCGCUAUAAACGAAGCGUUCAACACGCGAUGAGGAAGUCUUCCUUUACGACCUUGGUCUUCCCUCAGCCGAAGGAACAGAAAAUACAGAAACACAAAACAGACGAAAGCAAACAGAUGGAGACAUAAUAAUCCACUUGAGCUAAGCUGAUGAUCCUGGCCCGUUGGCGCGUAGAAUAACCCACACUAUAGCCAACACUAUUGCUCAUCCAGGAAUGGUCUGAUGGCGAAAGGAACACCAUUUUCACUUCCUUAUACGUCUAUUCCUGCAGUUUGAGGAAAUCAAAAGACCGAUCCUGCACCGGUUAUUCUCCUGCGCGGAGAAUACCCACACAAUAGCCAACACUAUUGCUCAUUCAGGCAAGGUCUGAUGGCGAAAGGAACACCAUUUUCACUUCCUUAUACGUCUAUUGUUGCAGUUUGAGGAAAUCAGAGGACCGAGCCUGACAUUAAGUAACCGUGGAGGCAUGUUUAUUUGGCUAUACUUCUGAGAUGUUCCAACGAUGGGCGAGCUUAGGCGUUGGCACGUUUUUGGGUGUGGAAAGUUCCUCUUUUAUAGUGAAUUUCAUCGGCAGCUGCGCGGGAUAACGGGAUAACGGCUGAAUAAUCCAUUCAAGUCCUUAAUGUCGAGCGACUUUGAACCAUGGACGGUCUUCACCAUUAGCUGUGUAUUCAUGCCCUUCACCCUGAACGUGGCUGUGAUAUCGUUAAAAACGAACGAAGGGGUACAACAGGUGUCGAGCUGGAGCAUGAUACAGUUUGCUGGUGAAGAGAAGGGCUUAGCUUCUUGGUGGCCUCCUGAUUGGGAGGAAGGGUUUCGUCAUGUGGUCCUGUACCAUGUUGAUGUAGACAUUAAAGCAGCUCUUAAAGGUCCUUCGCUGGUUACAACUGUUGGCUCGAAUUGUGGGAUUGUAGAAGUCAAAGCAAAUCGUCUUCUUUUUCCUCUUUGGCACUCGGGUUUUCUUCAAGUAUUUUUGACAAUCAUGACUCUUGGUAGAGGUUAGUGGGGUUGAGUGGGACAGCGGUUACCUCCGUCACCUGAUUGAAGGAGUGAUGCGAAAGGCGAUUUUCCCCAGACAUUUUUACUUGUAAGAGCCUUUUCCUUUACUAGAACGAUCAGGUCGAACUGAGGAACCAUCCAAAUAAUUGAGCGCUCCUCGCUGGAGGCCUUGAUCGGUCGAAAUUUUCACUUCUGCAUUAACAAAGUUCACGAAGUCGGCGGGGGAAUCGCCCCUUCUGUCACUCUCCUGUUUUUUUAUUCUCGGCGCCAUCGGCUUUGAAGCGUAACUGGAUGAUUUAUAAGUGACUAUUUUUUACAAGUUUUGAAGAUGGUUGAGAAUAGAAAGGAGGGUUAGAGUUAAUAUCGCGCUCUGGCACUGACUAAGCAAGAGGGAAAAUCUGUAUAAUUCCCUCUCAUCCCCUGGUUGGAUGGAGGUCGUUAAUCUUCUUAAGGUGCCUAAGCCGGGGCUGGACAUCUUGUAACGGUGCCUAUACUUAGCGCCUGGGUAGCCACUUCGUCAAGGUAGAGACAUCCGUUGAAAAGGUCCUUGGGUUCUUUGUGUAAAUACUGCUCUAAUUAUUGUAGACUAAAACAUCAUAUGCGCUGAAUUUAGUUUCUACUUGCUAGUCACAACUUGGUUUGAAUUAGGAAUACUCCAAUGGAUCCCCAGUUAACGUGGUCAGGGUCAGUGAAGGCAGUAAAUUCUGUUAUUGUUGCUCUUCUAGCAAUUCGGUUAACCGGUUUUGUUGCUGAAGAACGUCAAAAAAAGUAAUUUGUAAUUUCACGUACAUCAGCCUGACACUUCACUUGGCAGAUAAUCUUGUUUCGGUCAUCCUACUGCCUCUGUAUCCUGCUUCACUAGGUGACUUGCAUGAGAUCCAUGUACACUAAAGGAUUCAGACUGAGAUGCUGCAUUAUCUUCGGAAGGGUUCGCAUCACAGCAUCGUCAUAUAAAUCAGUAGUAAAGUUUAAAUUAUUUACAGUGUUUGACUUGUCACUUAUUCGGCGGCGUUGACCAAUUGGCUAGAAGAUGUACUAGACGGUUGCGAACGAGCGAUAGUGUAGAACAUAUUCAACCAAAUUGAGAUCUAGUUCCAAACUCUGUUCGAUGGUCUCUUCCGCAGAUGAGACUCCAGCGUAAAGUUUUCUCUAUACCUCUCGCUCUGGUGGGCGCACCAAUCGUUCGCACCUUCAAAUCAUCCUCAGUCUCAAGAUCGUCCAAAAGUGAAGCGUCAUUUGUCUUACGUUCUAAAAUGUAAUACGAAAUGAAGCCAGGUUAUUCAAACGACAACCGUUUUUUCGCUAGUCGCUAAAGAAUCGAUUCCCUUUCUUUAGCGACCAACUGAGAGUCCGUCCACCAAAUGCUAACGAUGAUCAAUAAUUAUAGCUCUUUCCUUUCUGGGUGCGCGCCUUAGCCUUAAUUGUUACUCUGAUUGCUUCUGCAGUGUCUGUAAGAUCUAAGCUGUCGGCCGAACGUGUCGCUUUCCGUUCUCACUUGUUCACAAAUUUGAUGCCUCCCAAUUUCCUCGAUUGAAUCGAUAACGUUUAGGGAAUUGUACCGCAAAUUGGUCACAGUUUUAACUCGCUUUUCAUUUUCUGAUUAAAUCAAUUACGAUCAGUGCGGUUGCUAGACUAAAACAACAUUAAAUGUGCACGUAACAUGAAAGCAAUAGACCAAGAUAUAAUAAAAAAAGGAAAAGUAAACGAAGCAAAGACCUUGAAUUAGUUGGACAGGAAAUAAAUUAACUGCAGUUGAAAUCUGAACGGAGCAGAUUACUGUUGACCUUUAAAGCAAAAUGCCCUAAAAGAAAUAACAAAACUUGGACAGAUCAGUUCUUAAAACACACACAGAAAAACCUAAAGGAAUUAAAUACCUAAAAAAGUCUAACAGAAUAUAAGCUAAGGCAAAAAAAAAGAAAAAAGAAAUGUGAAAACAAAACAAAGAAAAAAUGCACGAAACCUUUUGUAAGAAACGCGAGGAGGAGUAUAUUUGUUCUUGAUUACGACAACAACAAUUAUUAUGCCGUGAGAACUUUCGUAGAUUGCUUAUAUAUAUAUAUAUAUGACUUUUAAUGAGGCAUAUGAAGUACACGAACUUGCUAGCAACAAGCUUUUUCAAUGUUAAAGUAAGUUUUUAGAGGCCAAAAUGAGGCCAAAUUCAAGAAUGUGUCCCAUAUCAACUCCAUACAUGUAAAGACAUUGUACUGACUACUAACAGCAAGACCAUAUUACAGUCCAGUACAAGCCAAAUGUGUUUCUGAAAGGCCUCAAUUUAUUCAAGUAAUGAUACAAAGGCCGUUUUGGGGGUGGAAUUAACUGGAUUUAUGUAAAAAACAAAAUGUUUAUUAUUUGUCUGAAUUUGCUAAUACGUACCUCUUGAGGUUUCAGGAGCGUCUUAACAUUUUUCUAUCCAUUUUAGGCACAAUAUCUCUUUGGAUUCCUAGGAGUCUAUUGAAAUUUUCUUUCCGAUCUUUUUUUUUUACCAGACAUUGAUGAAUGUAAGAGCGAAAUUCAUGACUGUCACGUAAAAGCAAGCUGUAUUAACACUCUUAGCUCUUAUAACUGCACGUGUAGGCCUGGCUACAAAGGGAAUGGGACCAUCUGUACAGGUAUUAUAAAAAAGUUGUUCCUCUCUUCCUUGAUAAAUAUGAAAUAAUACCCAGUUAAACCAAAGUUUAGGGAAUGAUGGCGACAUAGAUCGAAGGUUAAAACACUCUUGCUGCAGUAAGUUUCAUGUGAUCGAAGAUCGAAAUUUGUGUGAUCAGGUUACGAGUGAUAGAAGGUCCAAACGCGUGUGAUCAAAUUACAUUCUAUGCAUUCAGUUCGUUCUUCUUAGUGGAAAUCCAAACUAGUUCUAGCUGCAAAUCGUGCCGCUCAUGCAUAUGCGCACCUGAAGGUAGCAUUGCAGGUACAGUAUCGUUUUAAAAUCCUGUCUAUUUAAAUUUUCUUUUCGUUUUUUUUUGUUCCAGACAUCGAUGAAUGCAAGAACGAAAGUCAUGACUGUCACGUAAAUGCAAACUGUACUAACACUCUUGGCUCUUAUAACUGCUCGUGUUGGCCUGGCUACAAAGGGAAUGGGACAAUUUGUACAGGUAUCAUGAAAAAGUUGUUCCAUUCUUCCUUGGUAAAUAUUAAAUAAUACGUAGUAAACACCAAAUUUUAGUUAAUGAGGGAGAGAUAGAUGGACAGCCGACACUCCUGCUGUAACGCUAUACUUUGCGCAGGUUUCACACGAUCGAAAAUCAAAAUGCGUGUGAUCAGGUUACGAAUGAUAGAAGGUCCAAACGCGUGUAAUCAAAUUACGGUCCAUGCAUUCAAUUCGUUCUUCUUAGUGGAAGCCCAAUCUAAUACUAGCUUCAAAUCCUGCCGCUCACGCAUAAUCGCAACCUGAAGGUGGUAUUGCUGGCUUCUCUUGUCGCCCGCACUUAGUCAACGAAGUGCACAGCGCUAAUAUGGCUGUAAUCAUCGCAUAUCCAAUAAGCGCGAGAACUUCCUAGGAUUAUCUCCUGGUGGUCUCACUAGAGAGGAGAAGGAGAGAACUUUGCAUAGGAGCGAGGCUGCAAUCUCAGGUGAAAUAGACUUUUUUACCGAUACGGCGGCCAUAUUGAAUUUAUUAGAUUUGAUCAUCAAUUAAUGAAUGAGCUGAGUAUCUUAUCAAGAAUUAUGGAGAUCGAAGAGGGUGUUAUCCGUCGAGGCCGUAGGCCGAGCCAGAUAACACCCUCCGAGAUCUCCAUAAUUCUUCAUAUGAUACGAAAGCCGAAUUCAAUAAUUGUUUUAAUAUUCAUUAAAAAUAAUUCCUAGUUUAAAAACAUAGCUAAAACAAGCUUACCUGCGUCGAUGUUAAUUUAUCUUCGAUAGUUUACGUUUAGGUUUGUCCAGCUCCGCAAAUAUUCUCCAAAUAGCGCCUGUCGCCCUCCGAGUUGUCUUCUUGCUGUUUUUGCUAUGUUUUUAGCCAUUAUUUCGCCUAAUUUCAUGGUGAUACAAGUCAGUUGUAAAGGAAGACUGCAAUUUCUCAAAUUUCGGAACUGAAGCAUUCCUCGUUAGUUGCUACUUAGGUCAUCGCUUUUGCACGCGGUGCUUAACUGGCGAAAUCCACUCCACUUUAAUCGUCGACUCUUUUCAAGGUGCAUGCUUAAAUGUGGGAUGUAUGACGGCAAAAAAAAAAACAACAACAACGCUCGCAAAGAUAACCUUUCCGUGAUCCUCAGUUCGCUGCCUUUCUCCCAUCGCUUCAUGCUCAGAGUCAGUCGGGUAAUUCAUUAACUUUUGUUUCAUGAUACCCAGAUCCCAGCGGCUGUAAGAUUGUAAAAAUGGACGUAAAGGAAAAAAGGAAAACGGUCAAACGACGGGCUUCUGAGUUCGACUUGAUCCAAUUUUAUUUUUUCACGGUGACACACGAGACUCACGGAAAUAUGACACUUUUCGCCGGAAACUAGCCGUUCUAUUUAUAAAUCUACUCGGGAAAGGGUUGACUCAAGAAAUUAAUGGAGAUGGAGGCUCCACUUGAUGGGCUCCUGAUAAUGAGUAUUAUGGUAUGCCCAGGGGGGCACUCGCGCAGUUUUUUACGCGCGCUUUUUGGGCAAAAAGAGAAUUUUUCGGGAAAAGGGAUCAUUAUUACGUCCAAACAUGGCACAAGGUUUUUUUUCCCCAUUACAAUCUUUUUUAGGAAAACCUAAAGAAAAAUUGGCCCAAAAAGCGCACGUAAAUACGGAGUGAGUAUAUCAGAUCGUGCUCAUGCCCCCUGGGCAUCCUAUAAUACUCCUUAAAUCUAAUUAAUUUAAUAUGGCCACCGUAUCGGUAAAACGGUCUAUUAUAACCACAUUAAGACAUCAACUCAAACGCGGUGAAAACACUAAAAACGGCUGUUGUUUUACUGAAAAAGUAUACAAGGCUGACUUAAAAAUAGAAAGGAAAAUACAAUAGACCAUUUUCUGUGUAUCAAAAUUCACACUUGGCUCCGAGGCUUGGGAAAAGAAAUGUAUUAUUCAUUGCUGAGCCUCAAGAUGAUUUCUUUUAUUGUAGUCCCCCAAGCCUCGCAAACAAGUAUGAAAUUUAAUAUCUCGGAAUUGGUCCAUUGAAAGGUCUCAAUUACAUGCGACGAGUAAUGUACCAGGCCAACAAGCACGAAUGAAAACUUAACUAGAAAAUACAAACGGCCAAAUAAUAAACCAAAUAAAAACAAGAAAGCGAAAAGAGAGGCUAAGUACACCUUGUGAGCCUAUUAUAUAUACCAUCUUGAACGAAACAAACGAACGAAACCAUUCUGCAGGCCCGGCCAGGGGUUUUGGGUAUUCAGGUAUCCGGGGUCUUUAUUGCCAACGAGGCAACCGAGCUAAGAAGCGAGGUUGACUCGGCGGCAGAUUAUAACGCCACGCAAUGUGGGCAAAACCCCUCAAAUUCUGCGUAACCCUCUAAAAUUUGCAUUUUUGACCAUAUUUGGGUGUAAGUAAGACCCCAUAUUUGGACAGUGACGUCAUGGUCUAAUAUUUAUCACUCGUGGUUUGAGAUUGCGUGGUCCAGUGUGCAGCUGUUCGUUGUCCAUCGGAGAAGGUCGAUGACCUAACAGGUGAGCAAGUUUUUAUACGAUUUCUAGUUUGAAAAGGCUAUUAGUGGUUUAUAUACGCUCACAUUUUUAUUAGAACCAGCGGGUUCUUCGUAGCUCGAUUCGCAUUGAACCAGCGUGUUCGCACCUGUGUGUCUGCCUGUCAAUUUCGAACGAGGUGUUCUUUCGUCGACUGAGACGUUUUGAAGACUUACGAGAAAAGAAGCGAAGUGAUUUAUUUUUACAUCUUUUAGCAGAAAAAAAAUCCUUAAACGCCAGCGUUGCGUAUUAAAUCAAGACAAACACGUGGUUUCCAUCGCUUGAUCACUGCGAGCGUUCAGUCGCAUACCAACUUUGUCAUGUUUCGUGUUUACUGCUUCAUGCUGAUUGUAUCACUCAUUGUUUGUGGAAGCAGUUGCUCCAUAAUUAAACCUCCGCGUGCUUGUUUAAGUGACGAUUUACAAUUACACAAAAUUAGAUGUUGUGGCCCGUGCUUAUAUACGGUCACCUAUUACAAACGGAAAUAUUUGUCUAGAAGAAUUCCGUAUGCUUCAAAUGGUAGUUUUAAUCCUUACAUAAUAACAAACAAGGAAGCACAUUUGGUCAAUAGAAAUCUAGCAUUGUCAAAGGAUUCAAAUUCCCGUAAAUCUUCCCAAACCAAACCACAUUUACAAGAACGUUUUGGUAAAGAAAUAUCGCAGUCAUUGCCUCGUUCAUUCCUCCCCGUUGAGCAAAUGCAUUUCAGGAAUUACUGCCUUGAUUUUUCAGGAAAAUUCUCAUGUGCAAUUGAUUGUUUUAUGGAGUUAAGCUGUUACAUUUUUAAAGAUGCUAUUGAGUCUGUGGAACGUAAUGAAUUUUUUGAAAUGUUAUACACAGCAUGUGUGCAAGUAAAUAGUUGUGAAAUCCUUUCCAACCAGUUACAUUCAGUCCAAGAACCCAUUUUUUCCUGGAUGAGACAGCACUGUGCCUCUUUUACAGGUAUGUCAGAUAAUGCUGUAUUCANUUUGUGGAAACAGUUGCUCCAUAAUUAAACCUCCGCGUUCUUGUUUAAGUGACGAUUUACAAUUACACAAAAUUAGAUGUUGUGGCCCGUGCUUAUAUACGGUCACCUAUUACAAACGGAAAUAUUUGUCUAGAAGAAUUCCGUAUGCUUCAAAUGGUAGUUUUAAUCCUUACAUAAUAACAAACAAGGAAGCACAUUUGGUCAAUAGAAAUCUAGCAUUGUCAAAGGAUUCAAAUUCCCGUAAAUCUUCCCAAACCAAACCACAUUUACAAGAACGUUUUGGUAAAGAAAUAUCGCAGUCAUUGCCUCGUUCAUUCCUCCCCGUUGAGCAAAUGCAUUUCAGGAAUUACUGCCUUGAUUUUUCAGGAAAAUUCUCAUGUGCAAUUGAUUGUUUUAUGGAGUUAAGCUGUUACAUUUUUAAAGAUGCUAUUGAGUCUGUGGAACGUAAUGAAUUUUUUGAAAUGUUAUACACAGCAUGUGUGCAAGUAAAUAGUUGUGAAAUCCUUUCCAACCAGUUACAUUCAGUCCAAGAACCCAUUUUUUCCUGGAUGAGACAGCACUGUGCCUCUUUUACAGGUAUGUCAGAUAAUGCUGUAUUCAAUAACAUAUUCCAAAUCAAUACAUUUGGAGAAUUAACGUUUGGUUUAAAAUCAUUAUUUCUUAUUCAACAUACCGAUCAUUCCAUUUGUUCAGAGUAUAACCAGGAAAUCACCAAAUCCACAGAUGUUUUUGUCUUGUAUAUUACCUAUCGCCAUAUAAAUCAGAAUGGUUUUGAAAGUUCUGUAUCAGAAGCUAUGCUGCCAAACAUCAAUAGACUUUUUUGUGUUUACUGCCAAAAUCAUUCUGGAAGUGUUGCUUCACUUCGACACUUUGUGUGCCUGCCAAACUUUUUAAUGAUAGAACUGUCACCUGAUUGUAUAACUCAAAUGUUUUUUUCCACAUGAUAUGGAAACCUUAGGAGUUUCAUACUGCCUUAAAGGAAUUGUUAGGUGUUUAAAUAGACAUUUUACUGUUGCCUUAAAAAGUGAGAGAGGUUGGAUCUAUAUUGAUGAUUUGUGUGUUUCUGCAAGGCGUUUCUUAUCCUUUCAAGAAGUGUUGUAUAGUUAUCGGGAUGGCUGGUUUUUUGCCAUAUUUCAAAAGUCUGAGUCUGUAGACAUCAGUUUACAUGAAUCUGCAAAUCAGACCUGUAAUAGCUUCACCAUAAAUCCAGUUGUUUGCAAAUCAGUUUCAAAAGACUCUUGCAGUAGGAAAGAAGUGAAGUUAAACCAAAAAGUCACAAGUUAUAAAAAGGAUAACAGAGUCAAAUGUAAUAACUAUAUGAAGUGUUACAGAAAACAGCCAGAAGUCAAGGCAAAAAAAAAUGCAUACAUGCAGAAGUAUAGAGCUAAAACUUAUUCUCAACUUGACUUAAACGAAAGGGGCAAAUUAGAAAUACGUAAAAGAAAUGAAAACCAAAGAAAUGAUUUAGUAAUUACAUUUACAAUGAAGAGGAAAAGUCAAAGCAUUAAUUCCUCAAAUGAUACAUAUUAUGCAGAUGAAAACAUUAAACGACCUAAACAGGAAAUAAGAAAAAGGUCUUCACAAACAUCUAGUGAAGUGAAGAAAAGAAAAAAGUUGUACAUGCUGGCAUACAGGCUCAAGAAAAAAAAUUCAGAUAGUAGUGUAAUGACUGAAGGAGUAACAAGUCUGAAAAAUGGAGUUUCUAGCCAGGAAAUGUAUUUAUCUGAGUUUAAAAUAAGUAACUGUGGAGAGCUUCACCAACAAGAGUGGGCAAAACUGAACAUGCAAAAGUUUCUUGAUUCGAUGAAGUUAAGAAUUUCUUUAUGUCAAUGCUGUCAUGAAGCAUGGCCACUUCACAUUAAAACAAAAAAGAAAAAGGAACCAUGUAUUUGUACCAGGUGCUUAAGAGACAAGAAUGAUACAAAAAAGUUUUCAUUGAAAACAGCUAGCUACCAUCUGCUGUGCCAGUAGAACUUGAAAAUCUGACACAAAUAGAAGAAAUGCUCAUAGCCAGCGUGUUCCCCGUUAUGAGUGUUUAUACUAAGCCAGGAGGGCAGAGAGCAUAUAGAGGCCAUUGCAUCAAUUUUCCCCAAGAAGUUCAACAGCUUUUUUAUACUUUGCCUAGGCAUAGCAUGUGUUAUUGUGUUAACUAUAAUGAUGAUAAUAGGGUUAUUGUUGCUGUCACUGUAAGCGCAUUGAUGAUCAUGCAUCCUGAAUUUGUUUGCUUUUGUUUCGUUUACUAAACAACUAUGGGUACAUCCAAAAAAUAUCCCCCGUCAAAACCGCUGCAAGGUCCAGACAUGAUUGGUUUGACUUUCACCUGCAAGUUUCACCGACUAAAGAGCAAAGAGUAGUUGGAUUUGACAAAACAAAACAUCCCAAGAUCAAGCACUUCCAAGAAACCAAGUCUUCCGUCUUGUUAAAGAACCUUCUUAUACCAGAUGAUGAAGACAACGACUGGCUUUUCAACCAGCAAUCCUAUGUGUCGCAGUGUGCAAAUGCUGAUGUACCAUUCUCUAUGUAUCAAAUUUUGUCAAGUCAGAACGUUCCGAGUCAACAUCACAGGAAGCGUCUGAUGUUCUCUUUACGAGAACUGAGAGAAAUGGCGCCCAAUCAGAAAGUCAACGUCCAUGCAUGCAACUCUGUCAAUGGGAGCUCAGGAGCUAAACAAGAUAGAAACCGAAUCCAGUCAAGCUUUAUCUGUCAAAGAAGACUGCAUAUUGGAAGACGAAACGGGCACAAUGGAACUCCACAUAUGGGAACCGUUAUUUACACAACUGAAAAGCAACAAGGCCUAUUACUUUCAAAACUUCACACUACGGUAUUAUCAAGGAUCAAAAUUCCUUAGCACCAACAGGAAUACAACUUGCAGUGAGGAAACCACAACUCUCAAAAAAUUAGUGGGCCCAGAAAUAUUGACAAAUCCAGAAAGAGAGAUCAUUGCAAGUCAACUAAAAUAUGAUGCCAGUUUAAGAAUUUUUAGUGCAUGCCAACUUUGCAAAAAACGAAUUGGGGAUGAGUCGGGCGAGUCAGUGAGAUGCCAAAACUGCAAAGUGCGACAAAGCAUCAUCAACUGCAGGCGGGAAGGCUCUAUCAAGCUGUUUAUUCAACACAAUGAAUCGGAAUUGUGGCUCACUUCAUUUACAAAUGAAAUCGAAAACCUCCUGAAGAAUACAACAGCAAGUAUGAGCAGCACCGUAGAUGAAAUAGAAGAUGCCCUUAAGAACCUAAAGGAUGUCAAAUUGAAAUAAAACUCCCAACGGAACAUUUUCAAAGAAGUACUAAACUUGUAAUUUCCACAGGAAGUACUGUGGUACUAAACAAAUCAACCAUUUUGUGGACAAAGUUAAAGAAUUUCAAAAAAAUGACAUGUGAACUCUAGUGAAACAAAGUGGAAAAGAAACUGUUAUUUAAGUUCGUGAACAGACCAAUACAAUCAAAGCGUUCAAAGUUUUGUUACCUACAUUUUUUGCUAUCUAUAAGAACGUUAUAAAACUUUGAUAUUUAUUACUGAGACGUGCUACGAAUUUAAAAAAAUUCGUUUGUACAAAUUCAAUUGUUGUAUUUGUUGUUUCAUACCAUGAAAGAAAACAACCAUAUAGGCACUUAAUACAUUGAUUUCAAUAAUUUCAAACAAAGCACUGCUGAAGUGUAGACAGUAGACACUGCUUGCUAUUAACUUGUUCAAGUUCAAUUUUCAAGGAUUGAUUACGUUUAUCGUUUAAAAUAGGAUGAAAUUUGCAGUGAAGAUUUGCUACCAAAGACGCUUUAAGCUUCUGUGACCAGGUUAACCUAGAAUGUACCAAAGUUGUUGUUUCAAACCCCUCAGGGGGUUACUCAACCAAUAUUCAGGUAUAGGUGAACCGCCGAGGUUUGAAACCCUGACCCUGUUUAGGACAAAAAUAUCCUUAAAUAUAUACCCUCUUAGGUCAACAACGCCAAUUAUAUACUCCGUUUAGGAUAAACGAAAAAAGCGCCGUCGUGUUUAAAGCUAUUUAUGAAUUUAUUGGCAAUUACUGUAGAGUAAAAACACAAUACGGGGCGGAGAGGUCAAAAACCAUAACCUGUCCAGCGGCACAUUCCCGUAUAGGCAAUAUAAGGGCGUACCACCCCACCCUUUUACAGUCCCUUUACAAUCUCCUGUAUUAAUUCUUAUGUUGGCUUUAUUAAUAAUAGACAAAUCAAUUUAAAACUCCGAAAAUUGUCCACCGAUUCACGAAGGACCGUUAGGCACAUCCCACAAAAGGUUAUCGAAUUCUCCUCGUUGGCACUUGCCGGAAGGUACCCCUAGUUUAUUCAGGUAUACGGUAUUUCGGUGGUACAUAUAGGCAUUUAGUAUCUUGCUUUCUUAAUCUUUGGCAUUUGGUAUUUAGGCACGAGGGUUUGAAGAUUUGUUUUAAUACAUGAAUGUAUGUCGACACAAUGAUUGAGAUGUGUUCAACAGAAUUUCGCCAGGGCUUGGGAAUGGAAAGGAAUGGAUAAAGGCUGCGCCCUGUAGUGCACCAAAACUUAUAGGCAUUCUGUGUCUGGGUGUAUUAAUUAUAUCUCAGCAGGCUGUCUAACCAUCCCAAUUUCUUAGAGAUUGCCCCGAUUUUGCUUGAAAAACUUUAAUCCUGACCAAUGUGCAAUUCUUAAUAUAUAGAUUUAGCCAGGGCUAAAAGCGAAGCUCCCAUUAUCAAACAAUAAAGUUGUAUUCCGCAAAUCAAUUAACUUUAGAGCACAUUCAUGUGACUUUUGAGGGAAAGGCUAAGUGCAAGGGAAUGAAUGCAGUAUUUCACAAUUUUGCAACACAAAUUGCACUCAUUCAAUAUUGAGGUCGACCGAAGUAGGCGUGGGCUUUUAGCGAAACAGUUCAAAAAUUUCCAAAAUCACCUAUACGGCCAGCCGGUUCUCACUUUUGAAAAGCUUCAAGUUUGCAGUGCGAGCUGUUUAGAGUGUUUGAAUGAAAAUUAAAAAUCUAUUACGUUUAUUUUUAUCUAUGGGUUUAUAAUGAUGUGUAAUCUUCAAAAGCGUUUGAUACGCGCGGAAUUUUGAGUACUCCUGCAAACAAUGUUCAUGAACGACUGAGAACAAACGGAACAGCGAUUAAAAUUGCAAGAGAAACUACGGCUAACAAUCAAUGAAAGAAAUAUAAUUCGGCGAAAGAUAUGCAGAGACAACAAUUUUCAUUCACAAAGACAAGUAUUAAAGUGUCUCUAAAAUCCUGAUUCUUGAGGCUCAUUAGGCUUAAUAGUCUUAUUUGUACACCCAAAGAUAGCAAUCAUGUUCGAUCACAGUAGAUUAGGCCUGGAAAACAAAUAGACCUAUUCGUGUAUUAAAUUCGUGUAUUGUAUUUGCAUUAGCUGUUGCAUCAUAAUGUGGUAUUCACCAGUCUCUCCAACAUUGCUCCGUUAGAGAGACUAUGGAUAAUUGGACAACCCCGAAAUAUAAUUUUAAGAAACACACGAGCCACGAUAGUCCUUGAUGGCAGCCAAUUGACACGUUGCAUUCCUCUGUCUAAAAGGGAGGCCAAAAUAAAAAAUCAGGCCGGAUUUUUUGUGUUCGACAAAGUUUACAAGUAAAUCUUGGCGACGAAUCUGGUGGCGUGUAAACCAGCCUUUUAAACAUACUUUUUCUCAACACGUCUCAGGUAAGCAGUACUAUGAGGCCCUUUUUUUUAUCAUACAGACCUCGGACAGAAUUUUUUUUUUUUUUUGCCCUAUAAUGCACCAGUCAAUUCCACCUGCGCCCAGCACCCCCCCCGGGCUGACCCCCGGGCAUUAGCAUUUUUUUUGCCUUGGAUGGCAAAUUCCCGUGGGUGGGGACUCUUGAGCUGUCAAAUCCCCUGGGGUGGGGACGGAAAAAGAGGGCAAAUGCCCCCUCCUACGUCAACGCUGUAACAUUUUUCAUUGAUCGCACGGUCGAAUAGUGCCAUUUUAAGCAUUUUAAUGUGCGACUUUUUGUUUCAAUUAACGUCUUCCUUUGUAAUAGCGUUAGGAUUCUAACUAAAACUUCACGCCGCGACGACAUGCACCAGUGUAUGGUUUUAGUACUGAUAUAAAAUUAUUGACAUCAAAAUUAAUGCAGCGCUGUAAAGUUAUAUGUUAUGAAUAGUUUUAUAAAUGUGAAAGGAUGUUCUUCAAAUAAUAUGAACAGAAAUUUGAUACAAUGACCAAAAAAUGUUGAUUCACAUGGAUAGCUCAAAUUCGCUAUGUAAUUCUGACUUGAUAAGCAAUGAAGACACGCAUGCAUAAAAUCGAGAACAUGCCUUUACAACCCUCUUCAAUUUAUUCCUGUCCUUGAUAGAUGAGCCAAUCUGCCUUUUUUCCAGUAAAAUCUUCUGUGUAGUUAUAUUCUGAUAGGAAACCGCGUGAGUGUCAAAACCUCGGGAAUGGCCCCGGGGUUGGCGAAUGCUCGGCCCCCAGGCAGUGCAAAAUUUGCAAAUGCCCCACCCCCGGGACUGACAAGGCGUGCAAAUGCCCCGCAGUAGCCCGGGGGGGGGGGGGUUGGGCGCAGGAGGAAUUGACUGAUGCAUAAUUCUGCAGUUUUUCACAAUUUUGCAAGACAAUUUGCACUCAUUCAAUAUCCACGACGUCAAAGCACGCGCUUCCUUUGCACAACAAAUUAUAGCAUUGAAUUAUAAAACGUUUUCAUGAAAAGAAUUCCAUAAUGCAGGACUUUUUCGUUAGAAAAAUCUGGUCCUAUGUGUAUAUGCAGGGUAAUAAUUAUGGGCUUUUAGUGAAAACGAUAAAAAAAAAAUUCCCAAAAUCACCUUUUCGGCCAGCCGGACGGGUUCUCACUUUUGACAGGCAAAUUUGCAGUGCGAUUAAUAGAGUUACCAUUUACGCUUCAACAUGAUAGAGAAAUUGUUAUGUUUAGGUUUUAUCUCCCUUUAUUUAUUAAACUGUGUAUGGUUUUGUUAUGUGUAAUCUUUAAAAGCGAGUGAUAUUUACGCGCGGCGUUUUGAGUAUUCCUGCAUGCGAUGUUUAUGUUCGACUGGAAACACCUGGUGCAGCGAUAAAAAUUGCGGGAGGGACUACUAACAAUCAAUAAAAUAAAUAUAAUUCGGUGAAACAUGUACAGAGACAAUAAUUUUCAUUCAUGAAGAGAAGUAUUGAGAGUAAAGUGUCUCUGAAAAUCAUGAGUCAGGUAGGCAUAAACUUGUUUAUGUUUUAAGCCGGCUUCCCCGUGUUUGCUCUUUUUCAAGAUGAGCUCGAGGCAAGAAAAUCGCUCAGAACUUUCUAUUUAUAACCAAAAUCAUAACUAAAUGAUCUUCGGAACCUUUUCUUUGAAUUUGCGGUCAAAAAAUGUCUAAAGGCUUUUUCGUGUAUAAACUUAAGCCGCAUAAAAUAUAAGCUCGACUUCAGGAAACCGAAAAAAAAAAGACACAUCAAAGACAAUAAUUGCUCAGGCUUACCAGUCGAGAUGCUGCUUGUGAAGGUCAUCAAGUGUUCCAGAAUCGCUGGACACUUUUCUACCCUCUUACGCCUCAAGCAAGGGCAAGUGAGUAAGCUCAUUCUUGAAAACGAUACCAUCCGAAAUCGGAUUUCCAAUGACUUUGACACGCGUUGCAUUUGUCAACAAAAAGCGCAAUAAACAAACCAGCCAUGAAUUACAGAACAAUCUUGAUAGCAGCUGUAUUUCAUUUUGUACACCAAGUAGAAAAAGACAGUUUAAAACAUCACAACAUGAAACAAAACUCUGUCAGCUCCAGCUAUCAGUAAGCAAGUUUCCAGACGCUGCAUAAAUUUUCCGCAUGAACUCACCUGUCAAAUUUUGACCAAUCAGAACAUAAAAAUUGGACGUAGAGCGUGAUCAACGCGUGAAGGUGAGAAAAGUCAAAAGCGAUUGCCUAACCUGCAUGUAAAAGCGGGUUAAAUUUUCGCGUCCGAAGUCAGUUCGAAAUCAAAAUUGUAAAAAUGCUGCUCAUAAACACGACUUAUUUCAUAUGCAUUAAAAAAAAAUGAACUUGAGCCUGCGAUCAUUUGAAAAGUAGCAACUUGUCAGCGGAUACCUUCAAAAAACACUCGAACUCAGUGGGUCGAUACCUGAGCCCGCGAUACGGUCAGGCGAUACUGGUCAGCAGAAACACUAUUUUGGCAGCUGUCAAUUAAUCAAAACAUAGAAGUACAAUAUCAGGUUUAGCUAGAAAGUGUGAGAUUAAACAUGGGUAUGCCUGUGGUGCGGGCGGGCGUACGCUACGUCAUAACCCAAUUUUAUCGGAUGGAUAGUUUACCAAAUUUUGUUACCCAUGGUGCUCCGCUGCGCGCGCGCGAAGCGCGCGCGAGAGCUCCUUAUAAGCGUGAAACCAAUAGAUAAGAAUAACUUAGACAGCUAUACCGCGUAUCUGGUUCAUAAAUCCAUGCAUCUGCUCAGUUUGGCUCGAUUUGAAACAGGCUGGCUUAUUAUAUUGAUGUUCCAACGUCAUAUUAUGUUUACAAGAGCAUUGUGGGUUGCCACUUCUCGCUUCUUACUAAUAUUGUUCUUCCAGUCAAAGGCGUUUGUAAAUUUCCUGAUGCUUCAGAGAAAAGCCUAGCAACUCCUGUUAGUAACUUAGUAGUGACUGAAUAAGAAAAUUAAACAUACGAGUCGGUCCAAAUACUUGACAAAUAAAGCAAGAAGCGAUUGGAGUAAAGCACAUGGUUGAGCCAGCAUUGCAAUGAUCAGCUGUGUUGUUGAUCCGCACGAAAGAGAGGCAAAAUGUCCUACAUGAACUAACAUCUUGUGAGAUUUCAUCUGAGUGAAAUAGGUCUACUGAAUAGGAUUCGAACAGGAUUUUGCUCCAUCUUGCCAUUCUGUUAAUUAACUGAUAUGUGAAGUCAUUAACACUGAAGAAAGUCAAUUUCAAUGGGCUUAGCUUUUCCCCUGAAGUGAUUGUAGGAGGGGUAUAAAUAUGGACUUACUCGUAAAAAAAAUUGCUAAAAAAAGACGGAAUACGGACAACGGUUGGCGUUUAAAAAGAGGAAAUUAAAGUUAAAAUAUUAAAAAAAAAAAAUAUUGAAAACGUCUCCCAUAGGUCUUCACGACCUUCAUCAGUAACAAAAUAGCUCGUAUGGAAAACCUUUAAUAAAUUCAAGGAACAAAAUUUAUUUAACAAUGACCAUUGAACGAUUGCCCAACGAAUUGAAACGCAAGAGAACCAUAGCUCUUUUGAAAGACUAUCGCACCGCGAUAACAAGGAUCCACCUUAGACCUAAUUUCUUUCUCCUCUCAGAUAUAAACGAAUGCACUACCAAAACCGACAACUGUGACGUGAAUGCUGCGUGCACUAAUACAGUUGGUUCCCACGUGUGUGCAUGCAAGUUUGGUUCCUCCGGUGAUGGAAUCACGUGCUAUGGUAAUUAUUAAAGAUAUAAAAUUAAAAGUUAGGGAAGACAUGUUUAUUGUAAUUUCUUUUUAUGCUAGUUGUAUGUACAUGAAGACUGGAGUUUUGUGCGGCUUAUACGUACUCCAUGAUAUAUAUCUUUUAUUUUAUUUUAUAUAUUUCAAUUGCAACAAUUCUGUAAUUUCAACAAUAAUUAGAUUCUACCAAACAUGACUAAGUCUGCUCAAGAGCCCAUGCCCAUAAUUUCGCGUUUUCGCAGAGAUGUAUAUUUUCAGACUGCUUUUCUAGUCAACAAGGCCUGGAGACCAGCUAAUAGUAUUUUUGAUGUUUUGAUGAUGGUUAUUUAUUAUUAGAGCGUGUUCUUUUACGUGGCCAUAUAUAUUAUUCAACAAAAGAAAGUAUUAUAAAAGAAAAGAGUUCAACUCCUACAUGAUUGGUUUGAAACAGCCAACAUGACGGCCGUUCCAUUGUUUUGGAACACCAAUAUGGCCGCCAUGACAUCAUGUGAAAACGCUCAAUUCGUAUUUCUUAUACUUACCGGAUGCGCACACAUACGAAGCGGUGCGUCCAUUUUCGCUAGAAAAAGUACUCCACAGAUAUGCUAAAAAUAAACUGAUCUAUUGCUUAGGCUUAGUAUGCGGGUCGCACUCUUCGGACUUCGGAAUAUGGGCAUAAGAUUCUGAAAUAAUUCAGGUAGAUUUUCUUGCUUGAUUGAUUGACUGAUUGACUGAUUGAUUGAUUGAUUGAUUGAUUGAUUGAUUAUAUCCAUUUUGAAAUCACUGGCGAUCCUUGCAAUCUGAUUGGUUGUCAGCAGUGUGAUUUAUUAGCGAAUCACUCUGUCUUUUUGCUUUAAAUCGCCUCGUUCAUGUUCUCCUAAAUUGCAUCAUUUCUGUUUUUAAUCGCACCAUUUUUGCUUUAUAUUGCAUCAUUUCUCUUCCGGGUAGAAAAAGAGAUGAAAAGCCUUUUCGUCCCGCUUUCAUCAAACCGGCUACUUGGUCAAAUAAAUAUAUUUGGUACUGACUGAAGUUUCCGAUUUCAAAAUGGCUGUAAUAAAGUGGUAAUUGAACUUCGUGUCGUGCAGUGUUGGUCUGACAUCAGAAUUGUGAUUUCAAAUCGAACUCGCGCUUGUCCGAUUUUCAAAUCACGCGUAUGAUUUCAGACCAAAUUACACGAUUAAUUAUGAAGUUCAAUAACCAUUCUAUAUUUUGUCUCGAUGAUAUCCGUAUAUUCUAUGAAUCAUCUCUUCCAAUAGAUUUUGGAAAACUGUAAACGUUAACUUCUUCCAUUGUAAAUGCUGAUCAACAAAAUUAUCAAUCCAGCCCAAUUGGUUAACUUAAUUGCCUUUGCCCAUUUGAGCAUCCUGACAUAACCUUGGAAUCUAUAAGAAUCAUUCUGAUACAGCCCUUACCCUUCUUACACACCAAUCAGUGGCUCUCAUAUUUGAUACCCCCCUCCCCUCCCCCCACAAAAAAUAUAGAUAUCAUUUCUGAUGCUGCCUGUAAGACGAUAGUCGUUGUGAAGUCCCUAUUUUCUAAUUUUAAGACAAUUAUAACAACUGGAAUUGUCGACGUCUUUAUGUCGCGGAAUAUUCCUGAUUCAGUUUCAGUGUCUCUUGACAAUAUAUUGAUACCUUUUCGAAUUCUUUGACUCAAGUGUUUACCUUGAAGACAAUUGACUAUUUUCCAAUUCCCCAUAAUGCACUCCGUCUGCCCCCCAAAUUUUGCAUAACUUAUUGUCUUAAAAUGCUCUUGGGAAAAUGCAAUACUCCCAGGAGCAUUUAAAAACAACGGUUUAUGCAAAAUUUGGGGGGCAAACAGAGUGUAUUAUGGGGAAUUGGANACUCCGUCUGCCCCCCAAAUUUUGCAUAACUUAUUGUCUUAAAAUGCUCUUGGGAAAAUGCAAUACUCCCAGGAGCAUUUAAAAACAACGGUUUAUGCAAAAUUUGGGGGGCAAACAGAGUGUAUUAUGGGGAAUUGGAAAAUAGAGAAUGGCGAUAUCAUUAAGGAGGCACUGAUUCCCCUUUAUAAAGGCGAUAUUUCAUGGGACUAUUCGCAACGAGGAUUUUUAACGCAACACUGAUUGCAGCAUUAAUGCGACAUUGUUUCUGAUUGUUGCAACAUUGUCACCAUAAAAAUUGUCGUUGCAAAUCGUCUCGAGUAACAUCGCCUUAAAGAGUCCUUGAUCACAAUCAGUCUGGUCUGUUAUGAGGGGUGAUCUCAGCGAGAAGAAACUGAAACCUCCACAGCCUUGAUUUCAUGCAUAUGCUAACUCCUCACAAACAGCCACCGGCCAUUAAGUUUCGUCUGCCACAAUGAAGGCCUCACUUCAGUUCUGAUUAUCACCCUAAAAGGAUUAUCAACUGAUGGGUUUUGAUAUUAUGUUUUGGUUAUUUAAAUACAAUUUAGACCGCCAUUAUUAGUAUAGGUAAUCAUACGACUUCGAGUUCAAUUUGGAAUUUAUUUGCAUGAAUGAGUUUUUCCAAAAGUAUCAACACUCGUGGCAUGAGCCCGUCGGACGAAUGCAAUUUGACCGUUUUGAAAAACACUCGAAUGCAAAUAAAUUCCGAAUUGAAUGAGAAAAGUUGUAUGAUCACUUUCUAACAAUAAACAUAAAAAAAUUAUACUUGCCUGACUUUAAUUGUUUGAAAGCUUUGGAAACCAGCAGAUUGCAGCGCUUUAUUGGUUCUUGUAUAUUUCUAUUGUCUAUUAGUCAAUCAAAGUUUUCCAUUCUCUAAGAAAUUUGCAUUAUUUUCCUUCUUUUUGCAUUAUUUUCCCUCGUUUUUUUGCACUUUGUUUUCAGUUUACUAAAACUGUACUGCUCUCAGUCCAUCAGAUUCAAGAAAUGUUUUCAUGUAUAUUAUUAAAUACAAUACAUUGUCAUUAUCAGCUCCUUGGUCGUUUACAACGAAUGGACAAGGGCGUAACGGCAGCAUUCAGACUUUUACAGUGCCAAAAACCACUCGCUAUCGAAUCAGAGCCUGGGGAGCACGAGGAGGAACGCACUCCACAAACUAUGGAAGUUAUCCCGGAACUUACUACGGUGGAAAAGGUGCAUACAAAGAGGGCACGUUUACCUUCAAUAAAGGAACUGUACUAAAUAUUGUGGUGGGACAAAGAGGAGGAGAUUCAGUGGAGGUAAAAGAGGGAUGGUCCACUAACAUGACAGCUGCUCAGCUGGGACUGUCUGUAGAGGACAAUGCUGGUACCGGGGGAGGCGGAGGGAGCUUUGUUUAUACAACAAGUAACGUGCUUUUGUUAGCUGCCGGAGGGGGAGGGGGUGCAUCUAGUGGGUAUAACGGGGUGGAUGGUCAGUCGGGUACUAGCGGCACCAGUAGCGUUGGAAGAGGUUCAAGUCAGGUUCGUAGCGGAGGAUCUGGAGGGAAUCCUGGUCACUGUAACAGUGCAGGCGCUAGUUACCAUGGGGGAGUGGGUGCCGGAUGGUCAGGCCAAGGUUGUUCCAGGGCCGGGCCCCCACAUGGUGAAAGAGGCGGCUCACGUGCUCAGGGCUGGGUAGGUGGACGUGCUGGAAUGAUGAAUAGUGGCAACAACGGAGGGCCUCCCCCUGGGGCCGUAGGAGGGUUUGGCGGUGGCGGAGGAGGAUCGGAAGAUAAUGGUGCCUCAGGAGGAGGUGGAGGGUACUCUGGGGGAGGUAGCGGAACAUACCCAAACCAAGCAGGCGGGGGAGGGGGCUCUUACUGUAGUGGCUCGAAUUGUUCAGGCGUGAGUGGAGGUAACUCAAAUGACAACGGAUUUGUAAAAAUCGUGGAAUUGUCUGACUAA